AUGAAAAGGAAAUGGAGAAGCACGCAUGGCACUACUGGAGAGUUUGCAUUAGGGUUUGACAUCGUGCAUUGUGACGGUGGUAAUUUCAGUUCAACGUAUGAUGUUGAAAACAUAUUAAAAAAUGAUAAUAAUGUCUACUGUUCAAAGAAGAGUAGCAAUGUUAAUAUCUUGCUCAAAUUUUGUGAUCCUAUCCUAGAAGCUAUGGAUUCAGCAUUCGUACUUUCAAAAAUCAUCAUAAAAGCUCCUACACAUGGUUUUACCGCUCCAUGCAAAGAGGGGUUAAUUUUUGUCUCUCAUGAACCUAUAUCUCUUGAAGCCACCUCAAAAUAUGAUGACUUUACUGAAGCGGAUUACCAAGCAUUAUUGGAAAGCAAUGAAAAUGGCAGUAUAGAUGAUUCUUGGCCUGCAGCGUAUUUCCGAUUAGACUCUAUUACAAAUAUGACAACUCAAGUCUUGCACCCGAAUCGAUCAGGUAAAUUCAUAUCAGUGAAGUUACUUCGAGCAGAAGGUGAUGCAGACAAUAUUGAUCUUCAAUACCUUGGUUUAAUUGGAUUUACUGGACCAAGAUCAUUUGAUGCUGGUUCGUUGAGAUAG